ACAUCAUGAACAUAUUCAUUCCAAGGGUCUGAAGAUUCCUCUGUACAUGAUUCAGCUCUACAAGACUGUUAUCAUGAGCAAUGACACUGAGUCAUCCAUGCUGGCACAUCCAGUCCUCUGGGAAUCCGAUUCAGUACUAGGUCUUACUGCAAAACACUGCUCUGAAAAGGAUAAUAUUUGGGAAAUUUCAUUUGACAUGACAUCAAUUGAAGCGAACAAUGAGCUGAAGCUGGCUGAACUAAGGAUACUACCAUCACCUUUUAAAGACUUCAGCAACGUGACACUUAACAUUUACCAUGGCACAGAUGGUAGCAAUAAGACCUUUGUUGGUUCAUUACAGUCCACUUCAACUAUAACUCCAUAUUCCACAUGGAAAGCAUAUAACCUGACAAACAUCAUUUGGAACUACCUUUACCAACCUGAAACUGCCAGUAAAGCAUCAAAAAAGGUCAAAGAUCCAUCAGGUGGUAGUAUGAGCUAUAAAUGUAAUGGAGUAGCAACUGAAAGGAUCACGCUGGUGGUGUUUUCAAAGAACAGACAGUCUCUCAAUCUCUAUGGGUCUCCAAGCAUCAUGAAGGAUGUUGAAUCCUCGAAGUAUGUCAAAGCAGAGAUUGAUACCAUUAGGAAAACCAACAAUAAAAGACACCGUAGAAGCUGGGAUGCAGAAAAAAGCAUCAUUAGAGACAGUAUUCCCUUCACACCUAAAGAAAAUGAAAAACUCUGUAGGAAAGUGGACAUGCUUUUGGAUUUUGAUGUACUUGGGUGGGGAGGGCAGAUUGUCUACCCCAAAAUAUAUAUAAUGCCUACAGAUGUGAGGGAUCCUGUCCUGUACCUCUGAAUGAAUUUUUUAAACCAUCAAAUCAUGCCUACAUGAAG